AUGUUCAAAGGCAUCCGCCGUGUCGUUGCACGGGACUGGCGCAAAGUCUACGCCGCCACAGCGGUCCACUACAACUCUCCCGGACAGGAAGCGGCUCGCCUCACACAAGAUCGUGUCCAGCAAGCUGUCGAAGCGCAGCGUAAGGCGGGUCACAGGGAGUGGGUGUGGGAGAUUGAGAUCAUCAGGCACAGUACAGGGAUAGCAGGAAUAGCAGGAAUGUAA